UCACUUUCUAUUCUCUUCUCAGACUGAUAAUAGAGAUGAUUCAUCUCGUUGUUGGAUCAUUUUGGAUGAUGAUGGCUGUAUCUUCGACAACGUCUGGUUCAUCUUCCACUUCUUCACGCUAUUCGUUCAGCACCUUCACCACGCCACCGUUCUCACCAACAGCAUCACGCAGCGUCGAUGACCUCACUUUAAACACUCACAGACUGCAAGAGCUUGGCAGUCGUGGCCAGUGGCUGCUGCGGCACAUGGCCAUCAUGGCACACACUUGUGGGGUCAGGGACAUGCCAAAUCUGCGGAGGAAACUCUUGGCGAAAUCAGAGGUGACCUGCAAUGAUGGCUCUCCCCCUGGGUAUUACAUCAGACGAUCUCAUGGCAGUGACAAGUGGAUUGUUUUUCUAGAAGGUGGAUGGUAUUGUUUCGAUCACAUCAGCUGUUCUGAAAGAUUUCGCCUAAUGCCAGAAUACAUGAGUUCUAAACAUUGGCCAAAGUUCAGAGUAGGUAGUGGCAUCUUAUCAAUGGACCCUGAAGAGAAUCCCUUUUAUUUCCACUCUAAUGUUGUAUACAUCCCGUAUUGUUCAAGUGAUUCUUGGAGUGGGACCAGGAAUAGGACAUCAGUUAUGGAUUUCUCAUUCAUGGGAUCACUUAUUCUAGAAAAAGUAUUCAAUGAACUACUUAAAAAACGAAUGAAAAAAGCCAAAUCAGUUAUCAUGGCAGGAACUAGUGCUGGCGGAACUGGUGUUCUCAUCAACCUGGACAGAAUAGCUGAUCAGAUUCAUGCAAGGGACCCCAAGAUAGAAGUCAAGGGACUGGUUGACUCUGGGUGGUUCUUGGACAAUGAAUCAUUCAAAAAUAAACCGUGUAGAGAUGCAUUUACAUGUUCACCGAUGGCUGGAAUACAGAAAGGAGCUCAAGUGUGGGAACCCAGACUUCCUGUCAACUGUACAUCCCUGUAUCCCAAAGAAGUCUGGAGAUGUUUCUUUGGUCACAGAAUCUAUGCUUCAAUAAAAACUCCCAUCUAUAUAAUUCAGAACCUCUACGAUGCAGCACAGAUAAAAGUGAACAAUAUUUUUGAGGAAAGGAUGCAAAGUCAACUGUCAUCUGAACAGUGGCGGUAUCUGUUGACACUGGGUGAGGAGGUCAAGGAGACUUUGCAGAAUGCCUCUGCAGUCUUUGCGCCAGCUUGCGUUUCUCAUGAGAUUCUCACCAAGCCAGAGUGGCACACAGUAACCAUAGAUGGCACAUCACUACCACAGUCAAUACAUUGUUGGGAGAACAAUCAGAGUGCAACUUCAUCAUGCAGUCAGUCGAGGUAUCCUCACAAACUCAUAGAUGCCUGCCCCUGGCCUCAUUGUAACUGUUCCUGCCCUAAAUGUAGAUGGGACACCAUGACACACGUUAAUCAGUUCUUACUACAGACUUUAGCAGCUGUUAUGGGAAUUGAUCCUGUGAAAAUGGCCAAUGUUCGCCUGUGUGGCUACUAA